GUGAAAUUAACAAUCUUCCAUUGUAUUCGAGUAGUUGCAUUAAUGGCGAGCUGUAAAAUUACAAAUUUCCAAAUUGCAAUUCAUAAUAUGCAAAUGACGAACGCAUGAAUAGCCAUCAGGCUGUUAAUUUGAUUUUGCGGAGAAUAUUCGGAGUAAUUAGAACAGUUCAUAUCAAAACAAAUAUUCAACUACAUUACACUAACAGCGUGUAAUAUUACUCUUCAUUAGAGAUUCCUGUAUAUACGCUAAUAGUCUAAACUCUAAAUGAAAUCGCCCUGGGGUCUAAGCCAAGUAAGCACCCUCACCAAAUACCUCCUUUACGUUAACAGAAAUGUUUCACUCAUAAUUCCUUUCACAUUUUUUUUACUCUUCGACCACGAAGAGUAAAUUGUCCAGAUCUCGAUUUUCUAUUUUAUAAGAUCGCUAUUCUAUUUUUCACUCUUCGACCAUCGCUUGAAUCUUAAUCGUAGUAAGGAUAAAUUGUCCAGAUCUCUAUUUUAUAAGAUCGCCCGGCCACUCGGUGGAUUCGGGCAUAAGUUUAAGCAAAAUGUAACGAGUUCGGCCGAGUUCUCUCUGGGUGGGGUAAAGCACGAGCGAAUGGUCUUUGGGAGAGACUCGAGGGUAUUUUCAUCGCAACAGUAGAACACGUGCACCCGGCCAGUGCACGCACUACGGCCAGCUCUUCUCCAUUUCUAAGAUCCGUGCUGUUCGUGUUCGGUGUUCAUCGUAUCGUGCAAAAUGUAACUCGACGGAUGUUCCAGCUUCCUUCGUUGUUCCUGAGACAUGAAAUAAGAACAACUUGCGAUACGAUGGCAGCCAGCUGAUUAUUGUCGUCCACGGGAUGGCAAUAUGGCGAACAUCAAGGUGGCAGUACGAGUAAGACCAAUUUCUGCCAGGGAGCUGAAUUUAACAGGCUCGGAGGUGGUCGUCCGCACGGACGUCAACGGAAUUUCACUGACGAACCUGAAGGUGUCUUCCAGCAAGGCCGGGGACAGUCGAGAACGGACCAAGAGAUAUGGUUUCGAUUACUGCUUCGACUCGUCCGAUCCGGAGGCUGAACAGUUCGCGGACCAAACGAGGAUCUACGAGACUAUCGGUCAGUCGGUUCUGGAGGCGCUUUUCUCGGGGUAUAAUUCUUGUCUGGUGGCGUACGGGCAGAGUGCGUCAGGGAAGACCUACACGAUGAUGGGGACUAAGGAGGAGCCGGGGCUGACACCGCGACUCUGUCGGGGACUCUUCUCGAGGAUCGAGGAGUCUAAGAACAAAAAUUACUGCGUUUCGGUUAGUUACUUGGAGAUAUACAACGAGAGGGUGAGGGAUCUUUUGAAGCCGUCUUCCAGCACAACGGGACUGAGAGUUCGCGAGCAUCCUCGACUUGGUCCUUAUGUUCAAGGUUUGACGCAUCACGUAGUCCGCAACCUGGGGUCGUUGAUGUCCUACGUGGAGGAAGGGACAAAGGCCCGGAAGACAGCGUCGACGUUACAGAAUCCGAGCAGCAGUCGCAGCCACGCUCUGCCCAGCACAACGGGACUGAGAGUUCGCGAGCAUCCUCGACUUGGUCCUUAUGUUCAAGGUUUGACGCAUCACGUAGUCCGCAACCUGGGGUCGUUGAUGUCCUACGUGGAGGAAGGGACAAAGGCCCGGAAGACAGCGUCGACGUUACAGAAUCCGAGCAGCAGUCGCAGCCACGCUCUGCUGACGAUCGGCCUGAACGAGGAGACGCCAAGCGUCGCGAGUGGCGCCGUCGGCUCGACGUCCACGAGGAGAAACGAGAUCUCGCCACGAGGUGGUAGUAAACUACGCUUGGUCGAUUUGGCGGGCAGCGAGAGUGCAGCCACGUGCAGCGGCGUUCAUCGACUGAAGGAGGGUGCGAAUAUAAACAAGAGUCUAGUGGCUCUAGGGAACGUAAUAUCAGCCCUCGCGGAGAGAGGCUCGACCGGAAGUGGUCCAGGCAGAAGGUUCAUCCCUUAUAGAGAUUCUUCGCUUACUUGGCUGUUGAAGGACGCACUUGGCGGAAAUGCCACUACCAUUAUGCUCGCCACGAUAUCCCCAGCUAGCGGGAGUUACAACGAGACAGCGCACACCCUGCGUUUCGCGCAAAGGGCACAAAGCGUGGUUAACCGACCAGUGGUCAACGAGGAUCCCGUGGCGAGGAUCAUUCGGGAGCUGACAGCCGAGGUGGCAAGACUAAAGUCGUUGUUGCUAGAAAAGAAUAUCGAGCCAGACACCAAACCCUUAUGUAGCUGUCACAAAAAUCAGAAGAACCCUUCUGAGGAAGUUGACUCCGAAAGAGAGGAAGUGAAUUUAUCAACAAAGUCGUCGUACCAAGAUAAAAGAUCCAGGUGCCCGAUCCGAAGAUCCAAUUCGAGCGAAAGUCUGACGACGUGCGAGACCGACUCCUCCAUAAAGAAGUUCAGUUCGUUCGAAUGUCUAAGGGCAGACCGUUUCGCGGGAAAUUAUAAACGUGCCCGAGUGACGGAGCUGAACGACGAGGAGGACGAAGUGAGGGAGAUCCACGAGUCGCUGUUCGUCGAUAUUCCAACGUUGGUGGCGGUUUUGAUAAAACCGGACGAUAAUCUUCAAGAAACGUCGACGCAGAUCGAGGAGAUUUGCUCGGACGAAGUUGCCGAGGACUCGAUCGAGUUCAUCGAGGCAGCUAACGAUCGUGAGACGUUCGAAGACCCGGAGAAGCUCGACGGCAUCGAUCACGACGAACGAAGUAGCUCCGUUAACUCGUGUCACGUGUCCGGGGACAACGAGGUCGAUGUUUAUCAACAAGCAGACUCUUCGAGCUCGAGUGCGGUGUCCAAACCCAGGCAGAAACCUAAAUUCCGCAAACAGGACUCGGUAGACAUUCUAUCCGCUUCGAUUUCGUCGAAUUUGCACACGUCGAGGAAGUUCGGCUCGGUGGAGGCGAUCGUGAAGGGGAAGAAAGAGCCUGUCUUUCCUCUGGAGAGGUCUCACACAAAUUUAGAGAAGCGACAUGCCCUCGGAGGAAAGAAGUUGAACAACAUCCGAGAGAUCGAGGAUCAGCAGGGUUCAAAUUGGAGAAGCAGCAAGGAUCAGUUCCAAAGAAAGGGUAGCAACGAGUCCGACAAGAGCUCGAAAGAGAAGACGAAGACCCACGUUAGAAAACCCAGUUUGGAGAGCCUGAAGAGAAAAACCAGCAAGGAUAGCAGCUCCAGCAGCUCGAAGGACGAACAGAUUCUGAUCUCGAGUCUGGCGAGAGACAAAUUGUUGCGGAGGAAGAGCUCCUUGGAACAGGAUCCAGGAUCCAUUAGGCCUCACACGCCUAUACAGCGCGUGAAACGAGCGGAAAUCGUGGCAGCGGUUACGGAGAGACUCUACUCGAGCAGAAAACCUGCCGAGGAUGUGCCCGAGGUGCGAUCUCCGCCGGAGAACGCCAACGUCAAGUCCUUGGCGAAGAUGAAGCUCCAGGAGAUCUCCAGGAAGAUGCUGGGGAAACGGAGACGGGUUUGCGUCGAUACGCAGACGGAGUGUUUGCAGACUGUUCGUUUGAAGGACACUGCUUCGCUGACGGACCCGACGGAGGUCGUUUGCAAGGAUGUUGGAGUGUUGACGGACGAUCACGUGGGUUGCGAGCGGGUGGCGAUUAGAAAGGCGCCGGUUCUUCGAGUUAAGGAGAUUGCUACCUUGACGGACAAGCCGAAAACGAGCAUUGUGAGGUGCAAGGACGUCAGUCUAGCGACCGAUCUUGAAGAGUACGAUUACGAGAUUCAUUCUCCCCGCAACGAUUCCGGAAUCCUCUCGGACGACACUCAGAACUACGCGGAGAGUAACAUAUCCAGCACAGAGGUAUCCGAUCUUUGUCCGGAAGCGGAUCGAAGGGCGAUGUACACAGAGAGUUCGACGAACACAGUAGUCUUUUCACCGUGUCGCAGUUUUGCAGUUCAAACACCGCGACCAGAGCAAACGACCGAGAACAAAGCUCUAGUUUGUUUGAGACAGUGUUGCAAUUCCGUUCAGAGUUCUCAGAGUCGAUCGAGCACGGGAAACGCGGAGAAAAACGUCAUCAGCAUAUCGCUACCGGACACCAUCAACAUCAUCAUCGAAACAACCAAUACAGUGGAGUCGAAGAUAGAGAACGAUUGUUCGAAGUCGAAGUGCAACAAGCAAGAAUGCGAGACGCAGACGGAAGAAUCGAACGAGACUGCUCCUUCGAAGGAUCCAGGUAGAUGCAGUCUGGGGCAGACCGAUGGCAGGGUGUUCAGGAUCGAGAACAUCUUUCAGGACCCUAACAACGUGUCCAACGGGUCGAGCAGAGUGGAUGCGGUUGCGGAUCGAACAGAGGGUACGAGGAAUUCCAUUACUUUCAGGAAUUCCCUGGGGACAUCGUACGUGUUCGAGGGCAAGGAGGGCGAGCCGAGAGGAGACAGGCUUCACGGUGAAGGAUUUAUCAGGGACGGAUUAAUCACCGAGGCGUUUAUCACCAGGAAACGUAGUUUUAAUUUCAAAAGAGCACCCAGUUCGAUCGUUUAUCAGAAUCCGUGGAUGAACUGGUCCGAUCCCCCGGUGAACACGAUUCGCCCGAUCGAUUGCGCGAAAGGGCCGGCAACGAUAUCGUCUUCCUGGCAACCACAGACCGACCAAAUUCCAGCGGUCAGGACAAAUUUGUCGUUCAAGGAAAACAAUGGGGUGUUUCGACAAUGUCAGACGGAGCCCGAAGCGAUCGAUGGCGAAGGAAUAGCGCAGAUAAAGUCAACCACCGGCAAUGAUCACGAUCACGGUUUCUCCGAUGACAGUCUCGAUUAUUACGAGAAUAACGCUUCCAGCGAAUCGAUCGCCAAACUGAAAGAGAUGAUCGAGAAACGUGAGAGCUUCUGUCCACCGGACGUCGUGGCGCAUACUAAGAAGGAUUGUUCAAAAUCUGUGGAUUCGGAUAAGGCAGAUCCGGAAGACGAUUUCGAGGACACUCCAGUGGAAUUUCCGAAGAAGAACCCCGUGGAAUCGAUAGAACCUGCCCAGAUCCACGACUACAAGUCACUGAUUUUGGGUAGAACUUGUUACAAUUACGAAGAGAUCAACGACGAGUCCGAUAGCUCCAGUCGUGUAAACACUGGAAAGAAGAAGGUGUCUUUCUCAAGCUCCAACAUCCCAGAGAGCAGACUAGAUCAGGCUCAAAGUUCGAAGCAGAGUUCAAAACCAACCCUAAAGUCCAUCAUCAAGAAAAGGAAAAAGAAGAACGUGUCGGAACCCGUGGAUACCGUUCACUCCUCCAACGACGAGACCGAUGAUUCUCAACAGGAGGAGAAGGCUAGUUUGAUUUUGGAGAACGACUGGAAAGAUGUGCAGUCGACCAGUUCCGAGGAGAUGUUCAGGGAGGAGCAGGACAUCGCGGGUUCAAUUAGAGAUCACAAACAGAGUUGCAAGAAGGUGAAGUUCUCCGGCGAAGAGUUACACGAAAACACGUGCAGCGAGUCGGAUAGCUACGAGAACGUGGACGAUGAAGAGGAAGAUGUUUCGUAUCGUUCGAGGAACAUUCUUGAAGAGUAUCUCAGCGAGGCAGUAACGUUCAUGCGAAAUCUCAACUACAUCAACGAGUAUGUGAACGGCACGAGCAUGCUUGAAAGGAACGCAAGUCCAAGUCACGGACGCGGUGGAAAACGUGGCGGCCGUCGAAGGAGUUGCUUCUCCGGCCGGAAUCGCGAUUACGAGGAAGCGAAAGGUCGUAGGGUCAUUCCAAAGGAGGAUCCUCCGUUGAACGAUGAUAUCGUCGUUUCCACGGAAUCCUACGAAAGGUGUCUGAAGGGUAUUCAGAGGCUGGAAGAAUGCAUUCGAAGGGUCGACAAGCAUAACGAGCUACUUCGAGAGAAAUACGGCGUCGACUGCGAAUCUGCUGGCGCUAGACUGGGUUUAGCGAGUCCUAGCACAGAUCCUCGCACACCGACGACCAACGACGAGUUCACGAUUCCUCCUAACGCGGAUCUACUCUUCGAGCAACGUUCCAACGUGACGGACCAGCUGGCCAACUCCCGAUUGAUCGAAACCGGUCAGGAGGACGAUCUGGAGAAGAGGAUUUUCGAUCAGCUGAUGAACGUCGCUAAUUCCGUUCGUUGCGGAACUUCGGAUAAACUUCGAUCGAGACAGAUCGAUUCCAGAUCGCAGAGUCCCGAGAGUUACUCGAAAUUUAGGGAGAAACAUGGUCAGGCAAUGAAAGAAUCGUUCUGCGGGGAUCUGAGCGGUAGCUUCAGCAUGGAAGGCGACGAUCAACGGGAUAUCACGACUUACGAGAUUACAGGGAACUUGUCGGUUGGUAGAACUCGUUCGAUGGAUCAAUUAGACUUGGACCCAACGAUGGAAGAGGACUUGCUGCCGCUGAGGACGUUCGGGCGCUCUUCGUGGUCGGCUAACGCGAGCAACUUCGAACCGAGGCCUCCGAUCAAACGCGACGAUUCGCCCAAAUACAAUUUUUCCACUAAUUACGAAAACGCUUCGAGACCUAUCGACGUGGACGAUCGAUGUUCGAAGAAUUUUUCUGUACAAAGAGUGCCAUUUGAUAGGAGAGAAUUCGAAUCGGAUGAUUAUCGAAGAACGAGGAACAGUGGAUCGAAAGUGUGCAGUUGUUCGAGAGAUCAAUCGGAUAUCGAGAGCUCGAACGAACUGGUGCAUCUGAGGGAUAAGUUGAAGUAUCCAGGAAGUCCCAGAGCGAGGUUCCUCGAGCUUCUCAGGGAGAGACGACGAAUAGUCGAAUACAGCGGAGGCACCAGCGCCUCUUGAAUCUGUCAAAUGUAUUUUUCUAUUGUAUAUCGUCGAUGCGACAUCGACUCUCUUGUAAAUAAUAUAGAAUUAGAUUUUUGUAACGCUUGUCAUCGCACCUGAUUAAGUUAACUUCGCUCGUUUCGCUCCUGUAUCGAUCCUUCCUUCUUCAUGUUAUUAAAAUAUCUUCUUUCAACAUCGUAUCUGUUUCUUUUCUCAACUGUUACGUCGCUUUUCCUUCCGGGGAAAGCUCGCUCGUUAGCUCAGAAAUUUGAAACCACCAACCGCAGAAUUUCGACGUCAAAAUGA